GUCUAAAACGAAAAUUUGUCCACAAUAAUAAUCGCGUAAAAAAGAGGCUCUAGGGUUUUUAGCAGGGAAAGAGAAAGAGGGGAAAAAUAUGUCGAAGAAAAAUAAUCUAGCGAAGAGGAAAAAGCAGUACGAAUUCGAGCUCCAAAAGGAGAAGGAAGAAAGAGAAAAGAGGGCGAAGAAGCUUCAAGCGAAGAAAUCAAAGAUGAAGAUUGAUGGUAGUGAGAAGAAAAAGAAAAAUUCAGGUGGGUUUCAAGUUGGGAAAAGGAAGGUGAAGACUAAACUAUCGGCUUUGGCAAAAGCCAAAGCAGCACAAGCAAUGGAGGUUGACAACUAGUAUCAAGAAACAUUGAUUAAGUGAAUUUCACUUGGCCUCAGCUCUUUUAGCACUGAUGUUCGCUUCUCUUGUACGAUGCUUUAGAAGAACUUUUCGAUUUUUUUGGCGCGGGUGGUUAUUGCAUUUAUACCACUUACUGUUUGCACUAUAUUCUGAUUUAAGCAAAUGUGUAAGCUUUUAUCAAAGAAACAUCAUCCUCCUCUAAAUC